GUCUAGGCUGCACCACAUUUCCCGACCGCUAACUAUUUUCUACCGCACCCAAGUUGACGUCAUGGGUGUGUUUGCUUAUCUACUGACCGCACUCGUAGUUCUGGUGGGAUAUAUCCUAUUCAAACUGCGUCGUGCCCUGCAAUACUGGCAGAAUCUGGGCAUUCCCUGCGAGGAUCCCCACUUCCUUAUGGGAAGUCUAACGGGAGUGCAAACCAAUCGCUCGUUCUUCGAUGUCUGGAUGGACUACUACAACAAGUUCCGUGGAACUGGUCCCUUUGCGGGCUUCUACUGGUUCCAAAAACCCGGAGUUCUGGUUCUGGACACCUCCCUUGCUAAAUUGGUUCUCAUUAAAGAGUUCAACAAGUUCACGGACCGCGGAUUCUAUCACAACUCAGAGGAUGAUCCGUUGUCAGGCCAAUUGUUCCUACUUGAUGGUCAUAAGUGGAAGUCAAUGAGGAACAAGCUUUCGCCCACUUUUACGUCCGGGAAAAUGAAGUACAUGUUUCCCACGGUGGUGAAGGUGGGCCACGAGUUCAUCGAUGUCUUUGGCCAGACAAUGGAGAAAUCUCCAAUCGUCGAGGUUAAGGAUAUUUUAGCCCGAUUCGGCACCGAUGUGAUUGGAACCUGUGCCUUCGGCAUCGAGUGCAGUAGUCUCAAGGAUCCCGAAGCGGAAUUCCGGGUGAUGGGACGUCGAGCUGUUUUUGAGCAGCGCCACGGACCGAUUUUAAUAGCCUUCAUGAAUAGUUUCCCGAAUCUGGCCCGAAGGCUCCAUAUGAAAUUGUACCUCGAGGAAGCGGAACAGUUUUUCCUGCGCAUCGUCAGGGAAACAGUGGCUUUCAGGGAGCAGAACAACAUCCGUCGCAAUGACUUUAUGGAUCAGUUAAUCGAUUUGAAAAAUGCUCCACUUACCAAGUCUGAAACUGGGGAAAGUGCUAACCUCACGAUCGAGGAAAUGGCAGCUCAGGCUUUUGUUUUCUUCGGAGCUGGCUUCGAAACCUCAUCGACCACAAUGGGAUUUGCUCUUUACGAACUGGCCCAGCAUCAGGACAUUCAGGAUCGGGUGAGGAAGGAGUGCCAGGAGGUGAUUGGCAAGUACAACGGGGAGUUGACCUACGAAGGCAUGAAGGAACUUGUCUAUCUGGACCAGGUUAUAUCGGAAACCCUUCGUCUGUAUACUGUUCUCCCAGUUCUAAAUCGAGAGUGCCUCGAAGACUUUGUAGUUCCCGAUAAUCCCAAGUACGUGAUUAAGAAGGGAAUGCCUGUAUUGAUUCCUUGCGGAGCCAUGCACCGCGAUGAGAAGCUAUAUCCCAACCCAGAUAAAUUCGAUCCAGACAACUUUACUGCGGAUCGUGUGAAAGAACGCGAUUCCAUAGAGUGGCUUCCAUUCGGCGAAGGUCCUAGAAAUUGCAUUGGAAUGCGGUUUGGCCAAAUGCAGACUAGAAUUGGAUUGGCCUUUCUGAUCAAGAACUUUAAGUUCUCCGUCUGCGAGAAGACAACUAUUCCCAUGGUUUACAGCAAAAAAACAUUCUUAAUAUCGAGUGAUACUGGUAUUUUCUUGAAAGUUGAACGUGUUUAAUGGUUUUUCAUGGAAUGGUAUUGAAGUAACAGCAAAUUUUGUAUAACUUUUGGUGAGGAUGCUGUUACUAUAUAUACAUAUACUUAUGUGAAUAUAUUUGUAAAUAACAAUUAAAAGUUCUUGGUUUCAGGUUAGUUAUUACCUUUAGUUACAUAUUAUUGUAAUAACUGAUUUAUGCAAACGAAAAUAAACUCUUUGUACUUAACAUCAAAGCUACAUUAACAAGACUAAACAACAAUACUAGGUAUAUAUACAUAAAUUAAAAUUGUUAAAACAUAAAUAGCUUAGUUUUUUACCUAACAGUAUAGAUUUAAAGUAAAACAGAACAUUUUAAAAUCCCAUUA